AUGGGCUCCCUCCACGACUCCCGCAUACACAAGUGGUUCGCAACCUCGCCGCCCGUCGCAUGGACAAUACGACAGUUGAGAGAGAUCCUCAUCGGCUCUCUCAGGCAGGGGCCCAUCCCCCAGCAUGUCGCUUUCGUCAUGGACGGCAACAGGCGAUUCGCGCGAAACCACCACAUUGAGACUGUAGAAGGGCACAACAUGGGUUUCGAGUCGUUGGCAAGGAUCCUCGAGGUUUGCUACAAGACGGGCGUCAAGGUGGUCACCAUCUACGCUUUCAGCAUCGAGAACUUCAAGCGCUCCAAACACGAAGUCGACGCCCUCAUGUCCAUGGCCAAGGUCAAGCUGGAGCAGCUGUCUGAGCACGGGGCCCUCCUUGACCGAUAUGGAGCAUCCGUCAGGGUACUGGGUCAGCGCGACCUCGUCAAGCCAGAUGUUCUCAAGGCCGUCGACAGAGCCGUGUCGCUGACUGCGCACAACAAGAAGGCCAUUCUGAAUAUCUGCUUCCCAUACACCUCGCGAGACGAAAUCACAACCGCAGUCAUGAAGACUGUCGAGACCUACAGCACGCCAAUCCACAACCUCCAAAGUCCCUCGAAGCGUACUUUCUCCGAAUCAGGCAUCACCCAGCACAUCCGCAAGCAGUCCCUCAGGGAGGAUUCCGAGGGCGGGGCUGAGCAGCACCAGUCUCGGUCGUCUUCGCCAUCGAAAGAAGGCAAGCAUAACGACGACGAACGAUCUUCGUCGACCUCGACGGCAAUCAACCCCUCUGAAAAGGACGAUUCCCACAACCUGAACCAGUUCCUGGAUCCCGAGGCCAUCACCGCUCAAACCUUGACGGACAACAUGAUGACAGCGGAUGCCCCACCACUUGACUUGCUAGUGCGCACGUCCGGUGUGGAGCGAUUGAGUGACUUCAUGCUCUGGCAGUGCCACGAAAACACAUCGAUCGUGUUUCUCAAGUGUCUGUGGCCGGAGUUCGACUUGUGGCAAUUCCUGCCUGUGUUGGUAGAAUGGCAAUGGCAGCAGAAGAAGAUACAGGAGGCUGCAGCGCAACAACAGAAAAGUCGCGGGCGGUCCAAGUCGGAUUAG